AUGAAGCUCAUCGCGGCGAUUCUCGUCGUCGCUCUCUCGGGUGCAGCGGUGUGCGGCCAAGACUUCGGCGGUCACGCGCUCUUUGUGAGAACCGCAGACGCGGAUCCCGCACACUCGAGAGUCCAACGGGCUGCUGCCUCGGUAUCGCCGGCAGACGUGAUGGCACAAAAUAUCCUAGAGUGGAUUCAAGGGAUCUACCAGCAGGGCACACGUAAAAUUCGCCAACAAUCGGAUUCGAAUGCAUACUUGCCACCCUACAGCACUCAACGACCGCCCGAAAAACCCCGACCUUUCCAGGCUACGGCUUCUCAACAGAGUGACAUAUCAGGUUAUACCCCUCAGCGCCCAUCAUCGCUGUACACCCCACCAAAUAUUGGUUACUCGUCAUCUGGGCAACCUUCCACGCCAUUUUCUACUCCAAGACCGAGCCAACAACCUUCAUCAACGUACGUGCCGCAAGGUUUCAGAGGCUCUACGUCCUACAACCCCCGACCGAGUCAGCCUUCGUACUCCAACGCGGGCUCGUCGGCCUUUCCGCCGCUGAAUCCCCCAGAAUCGUCGUCCACUUACCUACCACCGCAGCCACCGCUUUUCCCAUCGACCAGUCCAAGACCUCCUUCCGAAUCCAUCGGUAAGAACGAAGAACUCGCUUACUCUCUAGGUGCACAUACGGGUGUAGACACAAGCAUCCAAAUUUCUAAAAAUAUUCCGAAAGCACCUUUUAGUAUACCAUUUAGUAAUACAGCACCAAAUCAAUUGGAGAUUACCAGCAUUAUGCCAUCUGAGUAUCCUUUAGGAGCCUCUGGACCCUCAGGACCACCUCCGACAAGAGGCUAUCCUAGUUCAGGUUACCCCAGUUCGAGCGGGGGAUAUUCGACUAGCGAGAGACCAUUUCCUCCCUUUACUACAUCAGGUGAAACUGGAACAGGCGCUGUUACCGGCGAAGCUGCCACAGGAGAAGGCCCGCGAACUACUGAAACUGGAACUGGAGAGACUCAAACUGAAGAUGAUCUCAGUCAUCCACCGCAUAUUCAUAGUCUUGAUGUCCAGUGCAGUAAGACAAUGAUGACAAUCAAUAUCGAAUUUAAUCGUGCUUACGACGGCAUUAUUUAUUCUAAAGGAUUUUUUAUGAAUCCGGAUUGUACUUACGUAAAGCAAAAUUCCGGCUCAAUAACAUAUUCUUUUACGGUGAAUCUGGACUCCUGCGGAACUCAAUUCAUCAAUGAUUUCGAGGGUGAAGCUGGUCAAGCGUAUUUGGAAAACGUCCUCGUAUUACAAAAUGAGCCGGGUAUACAAGAAGUCUGGGAUACAGUUCGAAGAGUGCGAUGUCUCUGGGAAGGGAACAUCAAUAAGGCCCUAACGGUGAAUCUCUCAGUAGAUAUGUUGAACCAGGAAAUCGUUACCUUUAGUGGCGAUACUGCGACAGCUAAACUGGAUAUUCAAAUCGGCAAAGGACCUUUCGCACCUGCAGCCGAUGGACUCGUAAAGAUCGGAGAAACCAUGACUUUAGUUGUUUCCGUAGAGGGCGAUCCUGGUUUCGAUCUUCAGGUGCGUGACUGUUUGGCGCGAGACGAAGCCUCAACCAAUAUGCUGCAGCUCACGGACGAAAGAGGCUGCAUUUUGAAACCGAAAUUGUUCGGUGCCUUCCAAAAGACAAAUGAUACUGGCAAUACAGGCGCUUCCAUUAUUGCUUAUGCGUUCUUCCAAGCAUUUAAAUUCCCUGAUGUUAUGGAUCUGUUCAUCGAAUGUAAUGUCGAACUAUGUAAAACUAAUUGUGAACCUUGUCCGGAAGCGAACCAACAAAUCGAGCCAGGAAGACGUCGCCGCUCGAUAACAUAUGCAUCACCGUCGACCAACUUGUCGAAUGCGGUUCUGUUAUCAGAUCCAGUUCGUGUCGGGCGACGUUUCAAAGUGAUUAUGUUAGAUGAUUUAAGUACAGCAUCCAGUCAGAUCCUGGAAAGUAUGGAAGAAACGGCUGUCGAGACAAUGAUAAAAGCGAAAGAAAUCUGCAUGAGCAACAGUGGAUUUUACACAACUUUCUCUCUUAUGUUAAGCACACUUUUUGUCGCGACCAUAUGCGCGGCUGUGUUAUAUAUUAAGUUACAACGAAUUCGCAGACCAAAAUUCGUGGAUUCGUAGGACGUAUUAUUUUAUAAUACCUUUUUACCGUAAUAAU